AUGAAGUAUACCAUACAGGAAGACAUUGGUGCUCAUUUCCUAGACAAAGUCGUACAGGAAGUUAAGGAUGGAAAAACAUUCUCCUUUGUCAUUGACAACAUUGACUGGGAGGAGCAUGUUUAUGAAAUGCGGUCAGAUAACCAAAACCAGAGUGUGCAUGCCGUAGCAACAUCUAUAGUGUUUGAUCGUGUUUCAUCCAGCCACUUGCCAGAUGAAGAGCCACAGCAGUCCUUAGCUUCUUGUGAUGUUGUCAAAUUAGUCCAGUUAUCGGACAGUGAUAUUGCAAUUCAAAAGCGAGUUUAUAAGUCAAUAGCCGCACAUAUUCUUUGUGAAUACAUCCCAACCUUUAAAUUCCUCAAGGACUUGGUGACUCAUUUUGAUGUACCAAUGCAACAUAAAGUAGAGAUGCAACAAAAGUCCCUUGUUGUGCCCUUCCCUGUCCUGUUUAAAGAUGAAAAGAGGUAUGCAGAAAUUGUGGAUGUGUUGGAUCAGCUGGAAAAAUGGGUCCACCACAUUUAUGCUUUGGCAGGCAAAAUUCCACCUGAGAAAGAUAUUUCAAAUGCCCACCAUGUGACCCUUCCAUCAUUACCAUCUACCUCCCAACCUGACCAGCCAUUAUCACAUGUCCACCCUGUUGCUGAUCCGAAUGAUCCCUUAGCAAAGGUGCGAGUACCAUGUUAUAGUGAUCAGCUCACCCGAGUGCGAAUAGCUGGAGCCAAAGAUUUACGAGCUGGCUGCCAUACUGCAAAGGAUCAGAUCAGUCAUAUCUACCCAAUAAAGUGUGCAGACUGGCACUGCAAGAGAAGUUUUUUGAAGGUAAUUGCAAACAUUGCAUUUGAAUUGUUAUAAUGAGACAAGGCAAUUUAUUGCACUAAAACUCUGACAAUGUUAUUCAUCAGCUUUAGAAACAAUGCUUAUUAAGUGCCAGUUUUUAAAAUGGAGUCUCAAAUUGUUUUGUACUUAUCCUAAUUCUGACAAGCUCUUUUCAUUUUAAUGGUAUGAAUAAGAAGCACUAUAUAAUUUCAAACUGACUUAGAAAGCAGGAUUAAUUAAAGUCUAUUCUUUGUUAAUUCUGACUCCGAUUGCAAGUUUUGCUAGUUGUAUGUACGUACACUCGAUCAGCAGGCAUGAUGAGACAAUCUCAUGUGGUCAUAGUUAAUAUUGACUAAAACUGUGAUAUACAGCCUAGCUGCCCAGAUACUGUUAUUAAAUGACUAAUUAAAAGUGAUUAGCUUAAAAGGUAAAUUUGAUUACUAAUUUCGGACUGCAAGCUAGGGUAGAGAGCCAUUACAGAAAGCGAUGGGUGGACUUGCUAUUGACUCAACUUGACUUAAACCAUUGACUUGACUGGAGUAAAGCCGCUGACUCAACUGGAUGUUAUAGAUUCAUGUUUUGCUAUUUAUGAAUGCUAAUCCUAACCCUAACCACAAACCAUAAAUUAUAAACAGCGAAACAUGAAUCUAUGUCCCAACUUGAGUGAAGCCGCUGACUCGACUCAAUCAGAAACUGAAAUGACUCUACUUGACCUUUGAGUGACUCGACUCAUGACUCGACCUGUAAGUGACUUGUUACAACACUGGCUUUUACUCACUGAUAGUAGGCAAAAAAGCAACAAAUGUACAUUUCUAAUUUUCAUAAUUUUAUUGGGGGUUUUUUCUAGCUAAUUUUCAAGAAACUCUACAAGAAUUCUGGGCGAGCAGCAGGCACACUCAGAUUCUUUAGGGAGAAAUUGCAACGUAGAAAUGUUACUCGUGAUGUGAAACACUUCGAAGAAUGCGAGCAAUUGUUUCUAAGUGUUGGUCGGGCAUAUACGGUUGCUGCUUUCUUGCAAUUUUUUGGCAUGUCAGCACUUGAUGACUCCCCAAGUCACAACAUUCCACCUUAUGAUGUGGUACAAGGCAAUGGUGACCAGAAAUUAUAUUUUGAUACAAUUCUCGAUAAGUUUGUUGAAGAAUAUUUAAUGCAAACUACACAUGAUGCUGAUUGUGAUGAAGAGCCUGAUGACCAGCAACCAGAUCGUAUAAGACAGUACUCCAUCUGCCUUUUACGAUUUUUUUUCAUAUUAGAAGAUUUCAAACGUGCCGUGAGAAUUGGAGAUGGUGACCGGUUAGCGUCAUUACGUAAGGUAUUGUUAAAACAUUUCAAGAGUGAUACUGGUUACAAUAUCUACGCAAUUGAAAUGUUCAUCAGCAUCUUACAGGAUACUGUUUUCCUUACUGAAGCACAAGCUCACCAGACAAGGUGGGCUUCCCUUGCAACCCUGA